AUGGCGAAUUUCUUAUCUCAGUUUCAGUUUAUCAAAAGUUCUUGCGAUCGCCUCAUCAUUGCAAUUGACGAUGUGAGUGAUUUGUGGCCCCUUGUGAAGGAAGGAUUUGAGAAACGGCUUCCAUUUAAAAGAGCUACAUUGAACAACAAAACUCGAAAUCCUGUGACUGUAGAUAAUCUUCCAGCCGAGUUUAUCUUAGCAUCAGAUCAAAGGGUCAGAAGUCGUUUCCUUCCAGAGCAACCAUUGUUUUGGUUUAAAGAACCAUAUGCAACUGUAGUUCUUGUGACCUGUGAGGAUCUGGAUGAGUUCAAAACAAUUCUGAAACCACGUCUGAAAUUAACCUUGCAAAAUGAUGAGAAACAGUGGUUCAUUGUGUUUGUGUCUAAAGCUACACCCAAUAAUGACCAAGCAUACAAGAUGGCACAAAAAGUUUAUGGAAGACUUGAAGUUGAUUUCAAUUCCAGAAAAAGGGAAAGGUGCUGCAAAUUUGAUCUACAUGGACCUGAAACAACUUUUUGGGAAGACUUACAACUCAAAAUCAUGGAGUGCCUUAGAAACAGUCUUGAUAGGCGUAUUCAGUUCUAUGAGGAUGAGAUUCGUAAGCUCAGUGAACAACGUUUUAUGCCUAUUUGGAGUUUCUGUAAUUUUUUCAUUCUCAAGGAGAGCCUGGCAUUCAUGUUUGAAAUGGCUCAUCUUCAUGAGGAAUCAUUGCGCGAAUAUGAUGAACUAGAGCUCUGUUAUUUGGAAACAGUUAAUAAUGCAGGAAAACAAAGGGAAUUUGGAGGAAUGGACCAUGGAGAUGAUCAAGCUGCAAUACUAAACCCUAACAACAAACAACUGUCACAAAUUGUUCAAGAUGAUUCCUUUAGGGAGUUUGAAUUUCGACAAUACCUUUUCUCAUGUCAAGCUAAGCUGUUAUUCAAGCUAAAACGUCCAUUUGAAGUUGCAUCAAGGGGGUUUUCAUUCAUUGUUAGCUUCUCAGAAGCAUUGACCUUACGUGAGAGUGGUUUGCCCUUCUGUAUGAGGGAAGUUUGGGUUUUAACUGCAUGCUUGGGGUUGGUCAACGCAACUGCUGACCAUUACAAAGAUGGAAUAGUGGCACCAGAGAUAGAAAAAGAAUUUUAUCGUGUAAAAGGAGAGUUGUAUACUCUAUGUCGCGUUAAGUUCAUGAGGCUUGCAUAUUUAAUUGGGUAUGGAUAUGAUAUAGAAAGAAGUCCAGUAAACAGUGCUUCGCUUAGCAUGCUACCAUGGCCUAAACCAGCAAUUUGGCCUUCAGUUCCCUCUGAUGCUGCAUCCGAAGUUCUUGUGAAAGAAAAAAUGAUUCAAGAAGCUACUCCAAGGAUCAAACAUUUUGGUAUUCAGAAGAAACCAUUGCCUCUUGAACCCUCUUUUCUUCUACAUGAAGCUAAUCGCCAAAAAAGCUCUCGUUCUGCAGGUAAUAUGGAUGAUCAUUCAAACAUUACUUUUUCAUUCAUUGCUAUCCGUUUUGUUAACAUAUUACAUGAUGCCAGCUCAGAUUCCGAAGCACAAUCAUCUCAACAAAGGAAACUCGCUGAAGUUUUUGUGGCUUCUCAACGUGCUCUACGUAAAACUAUCUCCGAUCCUGGUUUAUGGAACUCGUUGUCAUCUUUACAAGAGUUUGAGAAAAAGUAUCUGGAGCUAUCAAAGGGAGCUGCUCAUAACUACCAUUAUUCAUGGUGGAAAAGGCACGGAGUUGUCCUCGACGGUGAAAUCGCCUCCGUGUGCUUCAAAAACGGCAACCACGAUCUAGCUGCGAAAUCAUACGAGAAGGUUUGUGCGCUUUACUCCGGCGAAGGGUGGCACGAUUUGUUAGCCGACGUACUCCCAAACUUAGCCGAAUGCCAGAAAAUCCUCAACGAUCGAGCCGGAUACCUUUCGUCAUGUGUGCGAUUGCUUUCACUCGAUAAAGGCUUGUUCUUAACAAACGAACGACAAGCGUUUCAAUCCGAAGUCGUUCGUCUUGCUCAUAGCGAAAUGGAGGAUCCUGUUCCGUUAGAUGUGUCGUCGUUGAUAACAUUUUCCGGCAACUCAGGGCCGCCGAUGGAGCUUUGCGACGGAGAUCCGGGUUCGCUAUCUGUAACUCUAUGGUGUGAUUUUCCCGAUGACAUCACUCUUGAAUCGCUUAGUCUCACCUUAACUGCCACCAAUAACGCCGACGAAUGCGUCAAGGCAAUUAGAAGCGGCGAUGUAACGAUACUAAAGCCUGGUAGAAACACAAUCACGCUUUCUUUACCCCCACAGAAACCCGGUUCGUAUGUGUUGGGUGUUCUCACGGGGCAAAUUGGUCAUUUACGCUUUAGGUCUCAUGGUUUCUCAAGAGGUGGGCCCGCUGAUAGUGAUGACCUCAUGAGUUACGAUAAACCCACUCGACCCAUUUUAAAGGUGUUCAAACCAAGAUCCCUUGUUGAUCUUUCUGCAAAGGUUUCAUCUGCGUUAUUAAUGAAUGAAGCUCAGUGGGUUGGAAUAAUUGUAAAGCCAUUUAAAUACUCUUUAAAAGGAGCUGUUUUGCAUAUCAACACUGGGCCUGGGUUGAAGAUUGAGGAAAUAGAGUUACCAGAUUGGGCAAGUAAUAUUGUUGGUGUUUUGUGGAUACCUGUGCGUGCCAUAAAUGAAGGACUACCAAAAGGAACAUCUGCAGGGGUAGUAUUGUCCCAAAGAGCAAAUGUAGUCGAUGGACUAAGGACAUUAGCUCUAAAACUUGAAUUUGGAGUGUCAAGAAAUCAGAUAUUUGAAAAAACAGUAGCUAUUCAUUUCACUGACCCAUUCCACGUCAGCACACGCAUGGCAGACAAGGGCAAUGAUGGUGCUUUGCUUUUGCAGGUGAUAUUACAGUCACAAGUCAAAGCCUCGUUGACCAUUCAUGAUGCAUGGUUAGAUCUACAAGAUGGUUCUGUUCAUGAUGGAAAACCAACAUCUGCAUUGUUUCCUCUCAUUGUUCCCCCAGCCUCUAGAGCUGGAAUUCUAUUUGAUGAAAAGAAAGCAUUGCAUCCCGAUACGAUAUUAAAUAUUAAAUACAAAAUUUCGGGAGACAGAAAUCAUGGGUCUCAUACUCCCGUAUCCUUGGAAACAAAAGUACAUGACAAUGACAAUGAUGUAUUGACAUUCAGGAGUUCUCUUGAGUUACAACGACCUGUUCUAGAACCUUCUUUAGCAGUUGGUUUUCUUCCUCUUCCUUCAAAUGGUCUUAGAGUUGGGCAGCUUUUUACCAUGAAAUGGAGAAUCGAAAGAUUAAAGUUUUUUAAGGAUGAAACAGCUUCUAGUAACAACAACGACGAAGUAGUGUAUGAAGUGAAGGCAAAUUUAAAGAAUUGGAUGAUUGCCGGAAGGAAGCGAGGCCAUGCUCCCCUCUCCACAAAGCAAGGUUCAAGGAUCGAGAUUUCUAUAUUGUGUGUACCGCUAGGUGCCGGAUAUGUUCGGCCUCCACAACUGGAAUUGCCAAAUGUGAAUCGGGCAAAUAUAAUAUGCAAUCCUGCGGGCCCGCAUUUGGUGUGUGUCCUACCUCCGCCUUUGAGCUCUUCAUUUUGCAUUCCAGCGUGA